CGCGAACAAAGCGGGCCGGGCGGUGGGUACUUCAGCAGUACUUGGUCCAUUCGCAGACAACGCCAUCUCUCAGCAGACAACUCACUACUAGUACAGCCAUGCCCAUAGAUCGCCAGGCAGACAGAGUCAUCCUCCAGCACCCGAAGGGAUCAUCGGCCGAGAUCUUGUUCUAUGGUGCUACAGUCAUAUCGUGGAAGUCGGGCAGUAUCGCCAACCCACAGUCAGUGGAACGACUCUUCGUGUCAGGCAAAGCCGCCGUCGAUGGCAGCAAGCCCGUUAGGGGUGGCAUUCCUGUGGUCUUUCCGUGCUUCGGCGCCCCGACGCAUCCAGAGCACUCGAAGCUAGGGCAGCAUGGGUUCGCAAGGAGCGAGACCUGGACCUUCGAUAGCGUCGUGAUGGACAAUGAAGCGGGUAUUUCUGUGAAGCUCACCCUCGAACCGAAGGCUAGCAUCACAGCGAAGUAUGAGAAGCCGUUCCAGCUUGCCUACGUCGUGACUCUUGCCGAACAUCAGCUAUCCACGGAUCUUCACGUCAAGAACACCGGCCUUUCCACUUCCCCUCCGCUUGCAUUCCAAGCUCUCUUCCACAACUACAUCCGCGCUAACUCGAGUGAGGUUGUCGUGACGCCUUUAAAGAGCCUCACGUAUUACGACAAGACGGAGCCAAACGAGCAGUUGCGCACGAAGGUCGAGGAGCGGGAUCUCGUGGAUGUGAAGAACUUCACGGAUUUCGUGUACCAGAAUGCACCGGGAACUUACGAGGUCACUUCGCCGACGAGCAAAGUCGAGAUCAAGACCAAGAAUUUCAAGGAUGUCGUCGUCUGGAACCCUCAGCAGGAAGGUACCAAAAUUGGCGACAUGGAGGAAGGUGGAUGGGAGAAAUACGUUUGCGUUGAGCCUGGAUUCGUCCACGGAUUCGUAGCACUGCCGGCGGGAGAGACUUGGAUUGGGCAACAAGUCUUGACGGCGAAGCUGUGAGGACCGUAGAUGGGGAAACGACCAUCGAAUCGAAGAAGAUUUGUAUGAUGUAGGACGUAUUUUGUCGCAGGAUGUAAGUAAGUAGUACUGGCCAACUACUGGCCAACUGGAAAGGACGCGAUUCAAGCGCGAUCAUCGUUA